CCGGGUGGUGACGACCUCACAGGCCUUCUCAGUUUCCAUGGUAGGGUAGCUAUGGAAAUGUGGUGCCCUUGGGGAAAGUUCUCUAUCAUUUCUCUACGAGAUACCAAUCUGUUUGGUUGCCUGAGAGAGAAUGUCUGACCGGAUCUUCUAUAUUAACUCUAACUUAUCCUCUGUCCCCUGGGAGGGCUGCACUGCAGCACCGCUGCCUCCCACUUCUCCUCUCCAUGGUUACUACCAUGUCCUCUACCGAGGGUAUGGAGAAGCACAGGUGGGCUGGCAUGGGGAGACGUACUGCUUGGUUGGCGGCUACCGGCUCCACGGAGAUGCUCCUUUGCCCACACCAGCAAAGGCCGAAGCAGAGAAGCCAGCCCCCAGAGUUCCCAGCCUGGCUCCUAAGAAGCAGCAGGCUCCCAAGAUAAGUCAGACUAUGAUGGAGGCAGACAAAGAGUCAAGUUGCCCUAGCUCCAAAAUUCCAUGCUUGCAGCCUAGUGGCAGGAGGCAGUCCCAGAAAAACCUUGCUGGCUGAGCCACUCUACAGAACAGAGAAAUGCUGAGCUUCCCGAGACAUCUGUCCACCACUGAAGAUACAAUUUCAGCCAUUCUGCCUAAGCCUCCCUCAGCAAAAAGCCCCUUCCAUCCUAACUGGCCCUAGGCAAGGAGCCUUAGAAACUGACACUGCUUUGAACAUUUCAGGGCUGACGCUGGCCUGGAAGAACAUGCAAUUUCCUCUACUCAAUCCUCUAGAGUUCCUUCUUAGGCAGAAGAAAGAAAAGUUUGCCCUCUGCUAGCUGAGGAGUCAGGUGCAGAGAGAGUGUUCAGAGCAGCCCAGCAGGGGCCUGGUCUA